AUUUUUUAAUCGUUGAUCUAGAGGAGACAAAAGAGUGAAAAGAAAAGGAUGAUAAAUCACACAUAGCUGUAAAAAUGGGUAACAGGUAUGUUUGUCAGAAAACGUUUUCAGUUUCCUUUCACUAUGAAAGCAGAACUUGGCCGAUGCCAGCUUCAAAGGGUAAUUCUUAAAAAUCAUAGCGCAUGAAAGCAAAUCAUGCUUGUGGUCUCUUAUACAAGGCAAGAAAGUCUAUGAAGACAGCCUCAACUGUCAUCUCUUCAGCACGUCUGCUGAAAUGUAAACUUGCUGCUUCGUAGAAAUGUUCAGGCUCUCCCCCCACCACACACAGGUGAAUACUAGUUGGAAAAGGGAAGGUCUUGGGAAGAAUAUACAACUCUGGAAUCAUCUGCAAAGUGAUCUUCCUCUUCAAGAUACAUAGGAGUGGAACUGCCUCUUACAGAGAGCACCUUGUUUGAAGAAGGAAUUCCUUAAGUGCUGAAAGCAUUUGAAAUCUCGUGUGAUGCAGAAAUUAUAUGAUGAAUUAAUUUUUGCUUCAUUUUGUGAUCGGUCUUUGGGAGGAUACAGAUCUAAGCUUCAUGGUACAAGCCUACAGACUUUCAAGUGCCAAGGAAUCAUAUGUACAAAAUGUAUAAAAAUGUGUCAAGAUUGGAUAAUGCAACACUGGACAUGCUCAGGAAUCCAGCCAUUAUGAUGACCUUGCCAUUUGUGUAUGGGUUGAUAGCGCUUAUCAGCAUUCCUGGAAAUACGUUCUCCCUUUGGGUUCUGUUUUUUCACAUCAAGCCCAAAGUACCAUCGGUGAUCUUCAUGAUUAAUCUUAGCCUCACAGACCUUGCGUUGGCCUCCUGCCUCCCUUUCCAGAUCAUGUAUCAUGCUCGGCAGAACCACUGGACUUACGGCAAGGACCUCUGUAGCUUUGUCACCGUGAUGUUUUACGCCAACACGUAUUCCUCCCUGGUUACUAUGACCUGCAUCAGUUUUGACCGCUACCUAGGAGUCGUCUAUCCAAUGAAGUUCUACAAAUGGAGAAGAAAAAGAUAUGCAGUUGCCAUCUGCCUUGUAAUGUGGCUUCUUAUACUAUUAUCCCUGUGGCCACUGGCCGCAACAGACCUGACUUAUGAAGUGAAAGAAUUGGAAAUCACGACCUGUUUCGAUGUCCUUAAAUGGGAAAUGCUUCCCACUAUAGAGGCAUGGGCAGCUUUCCUCUUAAUGCCAUUUAUUUUCUUCUUUUUGAUUCCCUUCAUAGUGACAGUUGCCUGCUACAUCUGUAUCAUUCGGAAACUCAUCCAAGCUUCUAACCAACAAGGCAAUGGGCAGAAGACCCGUUCGAUCUCCUUGGCCAUAAUAGUCGUCUUGGUUUUCGUCAUCUGUUUUGCUCCCAACAACUUUGUCCUGCUGGGGCACAUACUCAGCCGUCUCCGAGGGAAGGAAGGGUUCUAUCACAUUUACAAACUCACCCUGUGUCUUAGCUGCCUCAAUAACUGCAUAGAUCCGUUCAUUUACUAUUUUGCAUCCACAGAAUUUUAUAAGAAGUUCAAGCAGGUGAUAGGCCAGAAGGUGUCAAUCAGUGACACUUUGGAAACCAGAAGGGGGAGCGUGUUCUCUGCCAGGACGGUGUCGGCAAGAUCCAUGUCAAGUGGACACGUGGAAGGGAUGGAUGUUCUCAGGCCUAGUUUGCAAAGGCAUGAAAGUGUCUUUUAACACACGGUUCAAAUGAGAUGGAAAAACUCCUUUGUGCUCCACGGGAUGAAUAUUAGACAACAGAAGAAGUCGUUGGACAAUCUAAACCCCUUAAACAACAAGUCAGCUUGUCCACUAUGGGUGGACCUCCACAUGACAUGAGAUAUGCUGCUACUUCCCUAACAUGGCAUUCCAAAUGUCAAGUGCUUUUCCAGCCUUUAAAAAAAUGUGAGAACAAUUACCAUAUGAGGUAGCAUUAUUAAGUCAUACAUUUCUCUCCCUGCAGCAUCUAAUGAUGUGGAAACACCAAGAGAUUGUGAUAUUACCACCUACUUUUAAAUAUCUUUACCAAUGUUCCCUCUAAUUUUCUGCCAGUGCUGGGCAUGGGCCGCACCCCUCAUGCAUGGGGUUCCAGUCGUAACCAGAACCAAAUAGGCAGCAACAUUGGCUGUGGGUGAGCACCACCGACGCAGUGCUGCAGGGCUGAAUGGCUACUAAGUUAGAGGGGAUGUUGGCCUUUAUGUAUUUUUAAAUGUAUUGUCUGUUUUGUGUUUAUUCUGAAUGUUUAAGUUAGGUUUUGUUGGGUUCCUUUAGCCAGAUGGGUGCUACAAAAAUUAAAAAAAAAUAAAACCAAUAAAUAA